AAAUUAUUCCCUCAAUUUGUUUUAAUAACUUUACAACAAAAAACAAAUGCUUGAUUUGAUUUCUUUAGUUGGUUUUUUUGUAUUAGGAGGUAUAGGAUGGAUUACUUAUAAAAUAUACAUUUGGCCAGUUUAUAUCACUCCUUUGAGAAAAAUUCCUGGGCCAUCAUCAUCUGAAAGUCUAUUUUUCGGAAACAUUAAAACACUUUUGAUACAAGAGGAUGCACAACUUAAUUGGGUACAAAAAUACGGGAAUAUUUUAAAAUACCAUGGAUUAUUUAAUCAACCAGCCCUUCUUAUCUCAGAUACAAAAAUAAUUCAAGACAUUACAUUAAAUCGCGUUUAUGAUUUUAUUAAACCUCCACAUAUGAUGGCUGAUGCUAUUGCAAUGGCUGGUAGAGGCCUUGUAUUUACAGAAGGUGAAGAUCAUAAGAGACAAAGAAAAAUGAUGAACCCGGCUUUCAUCCAUAAUAACGUCAAAGAAAUGGUUCCAACAUUUAUUCAAGUAGCUUUUACUUUAAAAAGUUUAAUCGAAGAUAAAGUGAACUUAGGAGAAUCUGAAAUUAACCUUACUCCUCAUAUCUCAAAAGCUACAUUAGAUGUGAUUGGCCUAGUCGGAUUUAAUUACGAAUUUAAUUCAUUAACGUCUUCAAAUGAAUUAGCAGAAGCUUAUGAUUCUCUUAUGAAUGCCCCAAGUUCUGUUCUACGGCUUGUCAUUAGUUAUUUAUCAAAUAUUAUUCCAUACAUUAGAGAACUUCCUAUAGAUAUAAAUAGGCAAUUUAAAAAUAAUUGUGCAAUUAUUGACCGCGUAUCAAAGAAAUUGGUUGAAGAAAAAUAUAAAGAAGCCGAAAAUGGAGAAUUAAAAGGAAAAGAUCUCUUGUCUCUUUUAAUUAAUAUCAAUAAAACAUUACCCAUUGAAGAGAAAAUGACUGACGAAGAAUUAAAAUAUCAGAUUAUGACAUUUUUAUUAGCAGGACAUGAAACAACAAGUACAGCAACUUGUUGGGCUUUAUAUUUCCUUGCACAAUAUCCAAAUGAGCAAGACUUAUUGCGUGAAGAAUUGGUUAAAGCUUUUCCUGAUAAAUCAAAUUUCAAUCCUACAUUUGAUGAAAUUAAUUCUUUGGAAUAUUUAAAUUGCGUAGUUAAAGAAACUUUAAGAUUAAAUUCUCCAAUUCCUGCUACUAGUCGAACUAAUACUAAAGAUGAAGUUUUGGGGGGAUAUCACAUUCCAAAGAAUACUAUAGUGUUAGUUGCAAUUGAAGCACUUCAUAAACUGCCUGAAAUUUGGGGUCCAACAGCUGCCGAAUUUGAUCCAAAAAGAUGGUUGGAUCCUUCCUUAAUUAAGAAUGUAUCAAAUCUGAACUAUUUGCCUUUCCUUACUGGUACAAGAACUUGUAUAGGCAAUAAAGUAGCUUUGAUUGAAUUUAAAAUAUUAUUAAGUAUGUUAGUUAGGAAUUUUGUUUUUAGGCCAAUUGAAGGAUUUCACAUUAAAAGAAAAAUUGUCCCUGUGAAUAGGCCUGAUCCAUACCUUGGAUUAUCUGUUUCUAAAGUUGAAAAUUAACAAAAUUAUAUUUAUAAUUUAUGAUUUAUAUUCAUAUAUUGUUUGAUUUAUUUUAUCAUUUUAUCUGCUUUUAUUUUUUAUACUUCA